ACCACUAAGCACCACCAGCACGCCGCUCCUCUUCCUCAGACCAUUCACAGCCACUACAACCCAGCAGAUACACGUACGGCUGCAUACCCAAGCGUGGAGAAGAGGAUGCCGAGGCCAUGGAGGCAGGUGCUGGCGUCGGCGACCAAGUGCUGGAGCGCGGAGGACGACGACGUGGAGGACGAGGCCGCCGCGUACCACCGCCCGGCCAACUCCGAGUUCUCGCGCCGGCUCGCCUCCUUCCGGCGCCUCUCCGCCAUGGCCAACGGCCCGGCCACGCUCACGGAAGACAAGGAGGAGGAGUACGACAACGACGCCGCCGCCGCCGCCGCCUCGGGGGAGAUCCCCAUGCAGCUGCACUCCUUCAGCCUCAGCGAGCUCCGCGGCGUCACGCACGACUUCUCCACCGGCUACCUCCUCGGGGAGGGCGGGUUCGGCGCCGUCCACAAGGGCUUCGUCGACGCCGGCAUGCGCCCCGGCCUCGAGCCCCAGCCCGUCGCCGUGAAGCAGCUCAACAUCGCCGGCCACCAGGGCCACCGGGAGUGGCUCGCGGAGGUGAUCUUCCUUGGGCAGUUCCGGCACCAGCACCUGCUGAAGCUGCUUGGGUACUGCUGCCAGGACGAGGAGCGGCUGCUCGUCUACGAGUUCAUGCCGCGCGGCAGCCUCGACAACCACCUCUUCAAAAGGAUAUCUGCCACGCUGCCGUGGUGCACUAGGCUCAAGGUUGCCAUCGGCGCCGCCAAGGGCGUCGCCUUCCUCCAUGGCGGCAAGCAGCCCGUCAUCUACCGGGAUUUGAAGGCCUCCAACAUCCUCCUCGACUCCGAUUACACGGCGAAGCUGUCAGACUUCGGACUGGCCAAGAUGGGACCGGAGGGGGAGGAGACGCACGUGAGCACGCGGGUGAUGGGCACGCACGGCUACGCGGCGCCGGAGUACGUGCAGACGGGCCACCUGCAGGUGAAGAGCGACGUGUACAGCUUCGGCGUGGUGCUGCUGGAGCUCCUGACGGGCCGCCGGGCCAUGGAGCACGUCCCCGGCCGCACCGCGCGCGCCGAGCAGACCAUCAAGCUCGUGGAGUGGACGCGGCCAUACCUCGCCAGCAGCCGCCGCCUGCGCUGCAUCAUGGACGCCAAGCUCUCGGGCCACUACUCCGUCAAGGGCGCCCGUGCCAUGGCGCACCUGGCCGUGCAGUGCACGAGCCCGCAGCCCCGGGACAGGCCGACCAUGGCCGCCGUCGUGGAGGCGCUUGAGCAGCUGGAGGGGCUGAAAGACAUGGCUGUCAGCAUGGGGCUCUUCUGGCCCACGGCUCCCGCCGCCGGGAGGAACGCGCUCUCGGCCAAAUUCCGGGCCGAGAUGAAGAGCGCCGGCACCAGCGCCGUCCCGCAGCGGAAGGCCGCGUCCGACAAGCUAUCGUGAUAUGAUUGUCACGUACGCAUUGUAUGUGAUCUUGUUGUGCGUGUGCAUAUGUCUAGUGUGAUUUGUGCUUGUGUGUGUAUAUAGUGUAAUAAUGUCAAUUUUGCGUGGCGAUCGUGAGCAGUAAUUCGAACAUAAUAGUAAA